GAAGUCUCUCUGCAGGACAUUGAGAGAUAUCACCUGUAGUUAAUCAACAAUGUCUUCAGUUCAGCAUUUGCGAGAGUUAAUGAACGAGAGACUAACUGCUGCUGCUGAAGAAAUAUUCAGAGUUUUUCACAAAACUAUCAUCGAGUAUGAAGAAGAGAUCGACCGUCAGCGCAGACUGUUGGAUAUCGUUUGGAAACCUGAAAUAAACCUACACAAGAUAGAGCUCCCCCAGCAAUAUGUCUGUAAGGAGGAGGAGGAGGAGUUUCUCGAUGACCAGCAGCUUUGCAACCAGGAGAGAAACUCCAGUUUGGACCAAGAGGACCCAGAGCCUCCACAGAUUAAAGAGGAAGAGGAAGAGGAGGAGCUCUGCACCAGUUUGGAGGUAGAACAGCUGAUACUGAAGCAGGAGACUGAAACCUUUCUGUUGACUCCUACUUAUGAGGAAAAUGAAUACCAGACGCAGGACUUGAGCCCUGAUAAAACUUGGAGCUUGUCAGUUCAAAGCUCUGAGGUACCAGAACCAAACAUUGAUGACCAGCUCCUCUCCCAUAAUUCUCAUGUGGCUGAGAGCCAAGAUCACAAAGGAGACGAACAAGGAGACUCAGGAUCAAUUAGAAAUGUAGAGCCAGAACGAAUGAGGCAUCACGGGGGCCAAAAUCGCACUUACUAUGAAGACAGUUCUGCCACAUUAAAGACUCAUAGUAAUACUUUUACAGGGAAACAGUGUUUUAAAUGUGGCACUUGUGGGAAAAGGUUUGACUACAAGUCCAAAUUGCAUACACAUCUGAGAGUCCACACAGGUGAGAAGCCCUACCCAUGUAACACUUGUGAGAAAAGAUUCUCUGAGCUAGGUGCACUAAAAGUACAUAUGAGAAUCCACACAGGGGAGAAGCCAUACUCAUGUAACACUUGUGAGAAAAGAUUCUCUGAGCCGGGCACAUUAAAAGUACAUAUGAGAAUCCACACGGGGGAGAAGCCAUACUCAUGUACCACCUGUGGCAGAUGUUUCUGUCGAACAGCAGACUUGAAAAAGCACAUGAGAAUUCACACAGGUGAGAAGCCGUAUGCCUGUAACACUUGUGAGAAAAGAUUCUCUGAGCUGGGUGCAUUAAAAGUGCAUAUGCGAGUCCAUACAGGUGAGAGACCGUACCCAUGUAACAGUUGUGAGAGAAGAUUUUCUGGGACGGGUGCAUUAAAAGUACAUAUGAGAAUCCACACUGGUGAGAAACCAUACCCAUGCAACAUCUGUGGGAAAAGAUUUAGUGACAGGACAUCUGUGAAAAGGCAUAUGAGAACACACACAGGGGAGAAGGGUAUAGUUGCAGAACUAGUAGGAGAGAAUUCAGUCGUAGAAAUAAAUUGAAGAUGAGAACACACGCAAAAAAGUGGAUGUAAUACUGGAAAAGGCACAUUUAAUUCAGAUGAUACAUUUCAUUCACAGUCUACAUGAGAAUAACCUACUGCUACACAUAAAAGAUUGUCAUGCGCCUGAAUCGGAAAACCAUAUGAAUGUGAAUAUGAAUAUGCCUUUAUUAUCAUUGUAUAAGUACAGUAGUACAACGAAAUUGCAGGGGGCUCAUCACAGUGGCAUAGCAACAUACACACAGAAUAAAAAAAAAUUGAUAUAACAAUAUGAUAUAAACAUUACAUUAGUACCUACUAUAG